AAGAGUUUUACUGUGAGCAUCAGCAGCCGGCAGCGUGCUAAGUGAAUGACUCGUCUGAUGCAGGGAGAAGAGCAGCUCAAUGAGCCGAUAAAGGUAUGGUCCAGUGCUGAUGGCGCACUCUGAGCUGUUUGUGACGAGAGCACCCCCUGCGGAGGGGAGAGCUGUGGAGCUGGACGUUCUCAGCUUUCUGGACUCUUUUGGGGAAGACAACAGCACCAGUGAGAGAUGCUACCGCUCACACUCCCGCAGCAGCGUGCUCCAGGGUCUGCCGUUUGGAGGGGUGCCCACGGUCCUCGCCAUCAACGUCGUGCUCUGGAUGUUCCUGUUGCUCAUCUUCUCCUGCCUGAGGAAGGCUGCCUGGGACUACGGCCGCCUGGCUCUGCUGAUGGAGAAUGACAGUCUCACAUCCCUGUUUUAUGGAGAACCAAGUGAGAAAGAGAAGUCUCCGUCAGAGUCCAGUCCUUCCGACUCUGAGACCAAGGACAUGGGCUUCUGCUCGUGGCUCUCAUCACUCUACCAUAUGAAGGAUGAGGAGAUCCGUAGCAAAUGCGGCAUCGACGCCGUCACAUACCUGUCCUUCCAGCGCCACAUCAUCCUGCUCAUGACGGUGGUUUGCCUGCUGUCCUUGGCCGUAAUCCUGCCGGUCAACUUUUCCGGGAACCUCCUGGGAGACAGUCCUGAAAACUUUGGAAGAACAACACUGGCUAAUGUUAACGCAAAGGACAGCUUUCUGUGGCUCCACAGCAUCUUCGCUCUGGUCUACUUCAUCAUCACGUUGCUGUGUAUGGCUCACCACUUGAUACGGCUGGAGUACAGAGAAGAUGAGAAGGUAGCCAGAACACUGAUGAUUACCUGCAUACCAAGAGAGAUCUCUGACCCAGGACUCAUCACCAAACACUUCCAUGAGGCCUACCCCAGCUGUACGGUCAAUGAUAUCCGUUUCUGCUUUGAUGUCCACAAGCUGAUGAGGUUGGAUUUAGAGAGACGCAAGGCAAUGAAAGGCCGGCUGUAUUUUGCCACAAAGGCCCAAAAGGAGGGGAAGAUCAUGAUCAAGACCCAUCCAUGUGCUCAGAUAUUCUGCUGCGACAUCUGCGGCUUUGAAAAGGUGGAUGCAGAACAGUACUACAGUGAGUUAGAAGAAAAGCGGACAGAUGAGUUUAAUGCUGAGAAGAACCGCAUCUCCAUGAAGAGGCUCGGCAUUGCCUUUGUGACUUUCCGUGAUGAGAGGAUGACUGCUGUCAUUGUGAAGGACUACAGUUGUGUGCGCUGCCGUCGCAGACCCCAGCAGUCCAGCAUCACCACUGUGGUGCAGUCGCACAAAUGGGGAGUCAGCUAUGCACCUGCUCCCAGUGACAUCAUCUGGGAAAACCUGUCAGUGUGCGGAUCUCGCUGGUGGCUCCGAUGCGUCCUCCUCAACAUCCUCCUCUUCCUGCUGCUCUUCUUCCUCACCACUCCCGCCAUCAUCGUCAACACCAUGGACAAGUUCAACGUCACAAGGCCUGUGGACAGCCUGCGGAGCCCUGUCAUUACCCAGUUCUUCCCAACCCUCUUGCUGUGGGCGUUUUCGGUGCUCCUGCCUUUCAUCGUGUACUACUCAGCCUUCUUUGAGUCCCACUGGACCAGAUCUGGUGAGAACCAAGUAACGAUGCACAAGUGUUUUUUCCUGCUGGUCUUCAUGGUCAUCAUCCUGCCCUCACUUGGUCUGUCCAGCCUGGACCUUUUUUUCACAUGGCUCUUUGAUGUCCACUUCCUGGAUGAGAAGGAGGUCAAAUUCCAGUGUGUGUUUCUCCCUGACAACGGUGCAUUCUUUGUAAACUAUGUGAUUACAUCCAGUCUGAUUGGCACGGCCAUGGAGCUGCUUCGUAUCCCUGCACUGACGGUGUAUUCCCUCCGCCUCUGCUUUGCUAAGUCCCAGGCUGAGCGCAUUCAUGUCAAACGGAGCCAGGCCUAUGAGUUCCAGUUUGGCCUGGAGUACGCCUGGACCAUGUGUAUCUUUGCAGUCAGUAUGACCUACAGCAUCACAUGUCCCAUCAUUACACCCUUUGGUCUGCUUUAUGCGAUUCUGAAGCACAUGGUUGACCGAUAUAACAUCUACUAUGCAUAUGUUCCCACCAAACUCAGCCAGCGGAUCCACAGAGCAGCCAUCAGCCAGGUCAUCCUGGCUCCCAUCCUCUGCAUGUUCUGGCUGCUCUUCUUCUCCGUGCUCCGAUUAGGUCCAGUGCAUCCCAUCACCCUCUUCACCUUAGUGUCCCUGCUCUCCUGUACUGCCUUUUCCCUCUUCCGCUUGUGCCUUAGGAAGCAACCAGACAAGUCAACAAGCUACCAGAUGUCUGAUCAGCCAGCAGAGGGGACGUUCACUGACGGCGACAGGAGCACUGUAACAUCCACCACUGCCUCCAGUCUGUUUGUGGCGUCCGUGCUGCUGGAGCCAGAGCUGGCUUUGACUCCCAUGCCCUCCCCGGCCCACCACAGCUACGGCGCCUUGGCCAGCUCCCAGGGUUCAAGCCACGGCCCGGCAGAGGAAGAGGCGUGUGAGGAAGGCCACGCCCAGACCCAUGAGACUGAGCUCCAAGACCCUCCAGACCCUUACUGCUCCAGCCCACUCAUGGACAGCCCCGUGGGCUUCCAGUAACACCAAAUCCCCCUAAGCUGAUUCCACGUGUCCUUCAUCUGGGGAACACAGAUUGCUAAAUGCCGCAAUGCUGCGUUUUUCGCCACUGACCUCAGACUCCAACUUAGCUGCCUCAGACCCUGAGACCAGACCGGCUCGUUAGAAAGGAUGAAGAACCUGAAGAGGAUGGAAUACAGGAGCAGGAUCCAUGUAAACAUCACUAUACAUACAUAGAAAGCAGUUAAACGUCUCUGAACCUGUCUCUACAAAAGAUACAUCCCCAAAUGUACAGAUUAUUUCAGUUCAACUAUUGGAUGCUCCAUGACAGGGAUCCCAGCUUCUUCUACGGCUUCAUUUGCAAGUUAUAAAGGUUAAAAGUAACAAGAGAGACUGGGGUGGAAAAGCCUUUGAGGCUGCCGUCAGAGAUACUCCAUGCAGUGCCACUUGGACAUGAUUGGAGGUGAAAGUUCCCAUCAGUGUGGGUGGUGUGAGCAGGCUUGCCCUGGCAGACUGACAGAGGGUGGUACGGGUGAUAUCUGGUUCCUCGGCGGCAGAGCUCGGGGAGGCUGAGGGUGAGGGCAGCUAGUUGUGAAGCCAUCUGCAGUGAGAGAGCAGACAGACGGAGGGCCGAAUGUAACUCAGAGAUGUACUGUAAUAUACUCUCUCCAAGGAGGCACAAGCAGCUUGACUGUACCUGAAGCUUGUUGUAACUAUUAUCAAUUUAAGGUCGCUAUUUUUGCUACAGUAUUUUUGGUGUCAUUGAUAUUGUGCUUUGGGUUGGGGGCAGAGAUGCCAGAGAUUGUUUAAGGGUUUGCAGAACUGUCCCGUCUUAAUCAGAAGAUUCCCCUUGUAUGUAUGUGAUUCAACUAUUAUUUAUUUAUUUCAAAUGGUUAAUUCAACAUUUUGCAUAUGCUAGUUUUCUUUCUUGCUGAAAGUUAUAUAAAAAAAAGGUCCAAAACUUAAUGAUUUUGAGACAAACCUCUUUUGUGCCAGUAUUUCUU